CGUCCUCGUCUUAACCAGAAUUCUCAAAGCUGCCCCCAUCUUCUUCUCCUCCCAUUCUCCUCUUCCGAUUCCCCACUCGAGUCCCCAUCUCCGGCGACCUACGGCGACCUCGAGCCCGUCCGGGAAGAAAGCGCGUCCUCAGCUCUAAGCCCGCCCGAGUCCCCGCUCCGCCUCUUCUCUUUCUGUCCUUGUUUUCUUGGUCCCAAACGGACCCCAGCGAGAGCCCUGACCUAACCCUUCCCUGUCGUGUUGCCUCGUGCCCAGCCCAGCGCCAUGGCCACGCGCUCCAAAGCUUCCAAGAAGGCUCCUGGGGACAACAAGGACGCCGACCCCGCGCGCCCCUCGCGCCUCCGCGUCAUGCGCCGGGAUGUCGAGGAGGUUCUCAGGAGCCCUCGCCGUGGCCGACCCAAGCUGCAGCAGCACAAGGAAGGGGGCGGCGACGAGGCGGAGGACGACGGCGGCGGCGCCCCGGCGCGCUACGACUGCGCUUUCCAGCACGAGGGCGGGUUCGCGCCGCCGGAGAUGGUGUGGUGCAAGGUGCGGAGCCACCCUUGGUGGCCCGCGCAGGUGUUCGACGCCGCGGACGCUUCGGAGCUCGCGCUGCAGCACGCCAAGGCAGGCGCCCCUCUCGUCGCCUACUUCUGGGACAAGACCUUCGCCUGGAGCGACACCUCCGCGCUGCUCCCGUUCCGCGCCAACUUCGCCCGCCUGUCCGGCCAGAGCACCAUCUUCAACUUCGUGUCCUCCGUCGACGCCGCGCUGCAGGAGGUCGGGCGUCGCAUAGAGGUGGGCCUCUCGUGCGCCUGCUUUGCUGAUACCAUUGCCAAGAAGCAGGAGAUUCAGAACACUGGUAUCCGGGAAGGGGCUUAUGGUGCCAUGCUAGACGAUGCCUACACCAGGGACAUGUUCCGUGGUAAACCAUUUCUUGAUUACAUUUCAGCACUGGGGAAGAAUCCAUUGGCUGGGGCUGAUCGGCUCGACCUUGCAACCGCCAAAGCGCAGCUGAGGUCAUUCAAUCGAUGGAGGGGGGCAAGGGAACUCCCUGAGUUUGUUUUCUUCGAGGGUAUUGAGAAUGUUGCUGAGGCAGUCCCACACACAAAGAGGAAACGGAUGGAGAAAAGAGGUGCGGAUGAUGUUUCGAGCAAGGAGAAUAAAUCGAAACGUGGUGGGGGCUCAUCGCACAAGGGAGAGGCUCUACCAGAGCCUGCAAAGGAAGAGGGCAGUCGUGUGACCAGGAAGAGUUCAGCAAAGAAGAAGACAGAAAUCUCCAAAGAUGCAGAUAAGAGUGAAGCUCCUGCAAAGAAAGAGGGCAUGGUUGAAGAUAACUCUAUGUCCAGUAGCAAGGAAAGGAAGUCAAGACAUAUGAAGGUUUCAGCGAAGAACAAGAAAGACACCUCCAGAGAUGCAGAUAAGAGGGAGUCUCAACCAGAGCCUGGAAACGAAGAGGCUACAAAUGAGGACAACUCUAUGCCAAGUAAGGUGGCGACAGGCGAUACAUUGAGCAAGGAAAGGAAGUCAAGGAUUAGUAAGAGUUCAUCGAAGAAGAAGAAGAAAGAAACCUCCAAGGAUGCAGAUAAGAGGGAGUCUGUACCAGAGCCUGCUAAGGAGGAUGCCACUGGUGAGGACAGUUCGACGCCCAGUGGAGGGGCCACAGAUGGUACAUUGAGCAAGAAAAUGAAGUCCAAGAGUAGUAAGAGUUCAGCAAAGAAGAAGAAAGAUACCUCCAGAGAUGCAGAUAGUCUUGAAACAGUUGGUGGCAGCAAUUUGCCAGAUGAGAAGGCUGUGGACGGCGUUCUGAAUGAGAGCAAAUCAGGGCGUAGACUAAGGUCUGCGCAGAAGAUCGAAGAGGCUUUGGAAGGUUUAAAAGGGCUAAAUGAGGAUGGCCCUGGUGAAACCAUGAAAGGUGAAAACAACGAUGCUGCUUUGCUAAAGGAGAGCAAUCUUGGGCGUAGAGCAAGGUCUGCACGCCAGAAGGAUAAAAUCACAGAGGACAGGGAUGGACUUGCAGACGGCAGUGCUAAGGAUUCUGCUUCUCCUGGCAAGAAAAGGUCGGGGCGUGGUGAAAGCUCAGUAGCUAACAACGCACCCAUCUCAAUCUCAGAGCAUGGCAGGAAGAAGAAGAAACUUUCUGAACUUAUGGUAGAGACAGAUACUCCUAAUCCUUCAACUGGUGGUAAGGGCAAGGCUCGAGUGAAGCGUUCUUUGCCUGCAUCAACUGAGAAACCCGAGGAUCCUGACCGUGAUACGGCGGAUACAAUGAAAACUAGGAAAAGAAAGAAGCUCGACACAUUGGGGGAUUUGUCUUCCCAGUCGCAACCUCUCUCUCGUAAGAAGUCCACAAAAGCUGGAGAGCUAACGGGCAAACCUGCUAGAGAAAAGUCACAGACAUCUCCUGUUGUCGAAGCUAAUGAUGAAGCAUCUCAAACGAGAUCGCGCAGGGCUAAAAACAGAGAGAUAACUGUUUCAGACAAGUCUAUGCAUUCUGUGAAGCUGAAUAAGGGCAAGAAAGAUGCCUCAUUAGAAGACUCCCUGUCUUGUGGUGAAAUGCUGUCACAGCUUCGUCUAGCAGCAGGUAAUGUUAAGAAGAUAAGCAAAAUCUCCCCUGCAAUUGUUAGCUUCUUUACUGAUUUUAGGAAGAGCCUAUGUGCUUCCAAUUCUGAUGUGGAGAUGAUAGCUGAGAAGGCAACAGACAGUGAGAACCAUGCUUCCAGUCCCCAUGCCGAUGAGGAGAUACCUGAGACUGAGAAUGCAACAAUCACUGAGCCGAAUCCAUCAGAGCCAGUCUUAGCUGAUCAUAUGAAGGAUGAUUAUUGGGCUGACAUCCUCAUUAAUGUGGAGGAGCCGCUAUCUGGUCUGAGAAAGAACAAAGACAAGGGCAAGAGCCAAACAAGCAAGAAAGAACAGCACGGUGAGGAAGUUGCCAAGGAGCUGCCAGUUUCUGUGGAAAAUGUGGAGGAACCAAGUGUUGAAUCCAAAAAAGAUAACAUGGAGAACGGGAAGGCCGAGACGAAAGCAAGCGUGGUGAACGGGGACGAUCUAAAUGCUGAAGAAGCGGAAAAUCCAUCGCUUGCCGGACUAGUAAUGAACUUCGGCAGGGCAAGUGCCGUUCCGUCACGCAGUGACCUUAUCAAGAUCUUCAGCCAGUACGGGCCUGUGAACGAAGCCAAGAUAGAUAUUGCGGACAAUGCCAACUGUGCCCAGGUGAUCUUCAAGAGGCGCAUGGAUGCAGAGGCGGCAUUUGGAGCCGCAGGGAAGAUGACGGCGCUCGGACCAGCCCUCGUGAGCUUCCGCCUCACCGACUUCCCGUGCACUUCUGCUUCAGGAAACGGGCCUCAGCAAGGGGCAGUGGUGAAUGAGGUGAAGGUGGUCAGAGAGAGAGAGAGUAAAAAGAUCCAUCUAUCAUCUAUCCCAUCCAAGAAGAAGAAGCGGAGAGAUAGAAUUGAGAAGAAAAUCAUGGCUGCUCCUCCAACAGCAGCACGGCUUGGGCUGCUGAUUUUGGUGCUGCUUUUGCUUGGCUUCUUCCCCGCCGUCUCGCUCGCGCAGAUGCCUGGUUUCUUGAGCAUCGACUGCGGCGGCGCCGCCAACUACACCGACUCGCUGGGCCUCCAGUGGACCUCCGACGCCGGCCUCAUCGACUCCGGCACCCCCUUCUCUAUCCCCCAAUCUUCUUCUUCCUCCUCUCCACAGAGCAGCAGCGCCCAGUACAGCACUCUCCGCUACUUCCCGGCGGACGGCAACAAGUACUGCUACACGCUCAAGGUCACCACCCGCACCCGCUACCUCCUCCGCGCCUCCUUCCUCUACGCCGACUUCCUCCUCAACAGCAGCUCCUCCGACGAGUCCGUCUUCCCGGAGUUCGACCUCUACCUCGGCGCCACCCGCUGGUCCACCAUCGUCAUCUACGACGACACCCGGAUCCUCACCCGCGAAUCCAUCGUCCUCGCCGCUUCCGACUCCCUCUCCGUCUGCCUCUCCAACGCCACCACGGGGCAGCCCUUCAUCUCCGCCCUCGAGCUCCGCCCGCUCAACGGCAGCCUCUACCGCACCGCCGACGAAUCCACCAGCUUCCUCGCCCUCGCCGCCCGGAUCAACUUCGGGGCCCCCUCCGCCGCCCCCGUCCGCUUCCCCGACGACCCCUACGACCGGAUCUGGGAAUCCGAUCUCGUCCGCAGGGCUAACUACCUCGUCGACGCCGCCCCCGGCACCACCAACGUCUCCACGGCGAACCCAAUCGCCGUCGCCACCAACGAGCGCCCGCCGGAGAAGGUGAUGCAGACGGCCGUCGUGGGCUCCCUCGGCGAGCUCACCUAUCGGAUCAACCUCAACGGGUUCCCCGGGAACGGCUGGGCCUUCUCCUACUUCGCCGAGAUCGAGGAGUUCGUCGCCCCCGAGACCCGCAAGUUCAAGCUCUACAUCCCCGGGUUGCCGGAGGUCAGCAAGCCCACGGUGGACGUCGCCGAGAACGCCCCCGGGAAGUACAGGCUCUACCAGCCGGGCUUCUUCAAUGUGUCGCUGCCGUUUGUGCUCUCCUUCGCCUUCCGCAAGACCAAUGAUUCCGACAGAGGACCCAUCCUCAACGCCUUCGAGAUCUACAAGUAUGUCCCCAUCGACCCCGGCUCCCCUGAUGCGCCUAUCAUGCACGCCCUUGCUUCCAGCUUCGCCGGCGGUCAUGUCCAAGGCGGCGAUCCUUGCUUGCCUUCGCCGUGGUCUUGGGUCCAAUGCACUGCCUCUCAGCCACAGCCGAGAGUCGUUUCCAUAGAUCUUUCAGGCAAGAACUUGACGGGGAGCAUACCACCGGAACUAGCAGCUCUGCCAUGCUUAGCACAAAUCCGACUUGACAAUAAUAUGCUGACGGGCCCGAUUCCAGAUCUCAGUGCCGCUUCAAACCUGUCAAUCAUUCAUUUGGAGAACAACCAACUGACGGGCAGGGUGCCUUCGUAUCUGAGCACCUUGCCCAAGCUGACUGAGCUGUAUCUUCAGAACAACAAGCUAUCUGGAGACAUCCCCGGGGCUCUGAUAAGUAGAGGCAUUAUUUUAAAUUACUCGGGCAACAUGCACCUUCAAGCAGGGAAGCAAGAGAAGAGGCAUCUUAUCAUUAUUCUAUCUGCACUGCUUGGAGUAUCCUUGUUAUUUGCAGUUUCCAUAUGUUGCUGUGUGCUAACGCGGAAAAACAUCAAGAAAAACUCACCAGAAGAUAACCUUACAAAGCCCCUGCCUGCACAAAAGUUACAAAAGUCAAGCGCGCCGUCCUGCGAAAUCUCCACCGAGACUGCUCAUCCUUUCAGAUUAUGCGAUCUCGAAGAGGCAACCAAGAACUUUGCAAACAGGAUUGGCUCUGGAGGUUUUGGGAUAGUGUACUAUGGGAAGCUGCCAGAUGGAAGGGAGAUUGCAGUGAAAGUGCCAACAAACGAUUCAUACCAAGGAAAGAAGCAGUUCACAAAUGAGGUAUCUUUGCUCUCAAGAAUUCACCAUAGGAACCUGGUAGCAUUUCUAGGUUACUGCCAUGAAGAUGGCAAAAACAUUCUGGUUUAUGAGUUCAUGAUGAAUGGAACUCUGAAGGAACAUCUUCAUGGGCGUGACAAGCACAUAACCUGGAUCCAGCGCCUGGAGAUCGCAGAGGAUUCAGCGAAAGGGAUAGAAUACCUUCACAGCGGGUGCACGCCGUCCAUCAUCCACCGCGACGUCAAGACGAGCAACAUCCUGCUGGACAAGCAGAUGAGAGCAAAGGUUUCUGACUUUGGCCUCUCGAAGUUGGUCAUGGAGGAGUCCCAUGCCUCCACCAACGUUCGCGGCACAUUGGGAUACCUAGAUCCACAGUACUACAUCUCGCAGCAGCUGACGGAAAAGAGCGACAUCUACAGCUUCGGGAUCAUCCUGCUGGAGCUCAUCUCCGGCAGGCCGCCCAUCUCGACCAUGACCUUCGGCGAGCACUUCCGGAACAUCGGGCCGUGGGCCAAGUUCUACUACGAGAGCGGCGACAUCGAGGCGAUCGUGGACCCCUCCAUCUCCGGCGCCGGCAGCGGGUACCGCGACGUGCACUCGAUCUGGAAGAUCGCCGAGACGGCGGCGCGGUGCAUCGACGCGGAGGCGAGGCGGCGGCCGUCCAUGACGGAGGUGGUGAAGGAGAUCCAGGAGGCCAUCGCGCUCGAGAGGCCGCCGCCGGCGCGGGAGGCGGAGGGGGGCCGGCGGAGGGCGGCGUCGUUCCCGGCGUCGGCGUCGCCCGGGUCCGGGGCGGCGAGGUCGCACGACAUGGUCAUGGACAGCCUCAUGCGCGGCGACGAUGACUCCUCCUUCUCCGACACGCUCCUCAGGCACCCCGAGCUCCGGUGAUCUCCUUGGGGAAAUUUGAAUUCAAUUCAAAUCCGCACCUCUUCUUUUUUCAGCGGAAAUUUUGCACGACGAUUUUGUUUGUGUGUUUAGCAAAUCAUAAUUGUAAAUUAUUUCCCUCGGGGAAGAUGAUUGGUACACUGUGAAUUUGUAAACUUGGAGACUCUUCUUCUUCUGUAAGAGGGAGAAGGAGAAAAUUACUGUAUGAAGAAAGAUUUGAGUAAUUCCGAGA